GUCCCGCACCUCGCGAGAAUCCAAAGCCGUGUGUACUUGCGGCAAACCUCUCCGCAAAUCGCAAAAUCCUACUCCCACCCACCUGCAACCCAACACCAACUCCUCCCUCCCCUCCCCUGCCCCAAUCCCCACCGCCUUCCUCCCUUGCUUCUCCGGGAGGGAAGGCACCCGGGAGGCCGCCCCGCCACCCUUCGCAAAAGCCACGCGCCACCAAACCUUUUCCCUCACCCCGUCGCUUUCGCGUUCAGCGCGGUUGGUCGGUCGCCGAGGCGGGCGAUAAAGGAAGGCGUCGCCGACGAGGCCGGGAUGAUGAGCAGCAGGUCGUCGGGCGGGAGGGACGCCGAGGGCGAGUGGGAGGUCCGGCCCGGCGGGAUGCUGGUGCAACGCAGGGACGGCGAGGCCGCCGGCCCCGCCAUCAGGAUCAGGGUCUCCCACGGCGCAGUGAGUUGAAGAGAAUCCUUGUUCAGACUACUGGCGUGGAACCUGAGAGGCAGAGGCUCUUCUUCCGUGGCAAAGAGAAGAGUGAUAGUGAGUUCCUGCACGCAGCAGGUGUCAAGGAUGGUGCAAAAUUGCUUCUGCUUGAGAAGCCUGCUCCUGCCACCAUGGAGCAGAAGCCUGAGCCAGUGUUUAUGGAUGAGAGCAUGAUGAAGGCAUGUGAGGCUGUUGCUUGUGUCAGAGCUGAAGUGGAUAAGCUCUCUGCUAAGGUGUGUGACUUAGAGAAGAGCGUGCUUGGAGGGAGAAAGGUUGACGAUAAAGAAUUUGUUGUCUUGACGGAGCUGCUUAUGAUGCAGCUUCUGAAACUUGAUGGCAUUGAAGCUGAAGGAGAAGCAAGGGCGCAGAGGAAGGCUGAGGUGCGCCGUGUUCAGUCCAUCGUGGAGACCUUGGACAAGCUGAAAGCUAGAAAUGCUAACCCCUUUAGCGAUCACAACAAAGCUGUUUCAGUGACGACGCAGUGGGAGACGUUUGAGAAUGGCAUGGGCAGCUUGAGUGCUCCCCCACCACGUGUUUCUUCGACCCAAGUCAACACUGACUGGGAGCAGUUCGACUAGGCUCAGAUGAAGCUAUCAAUGUAUCAUGGACCUUGUGAGAUCACUAUGGACAUUCCUUUGCAGGCAGCAAGGUGUUGUGUAUAUGCACCACGUUUGAUGCCUUCUGCUGUUCCCACUGCCUGUGAAUGCUACCAAAUGAUACCGUGUGAAAUGCAUCGCUCAUUCGAGGCUUGUAUUUCAAUCUGCACCCACUGUCAUGGUUGGUUUCUGCAUCCUUUGGAGCACUAGCUCAUCCGUGUAUGAGUUUGUAUCAUAUACAUGCUGUUUUUUUUGUUCAGAAGACUGAUCGUA